UUCUGCAAAUCAUGUGAUCAAUCAAGGGAGAGAAUUCUAGUAGCAGAACAUCCCACUGGAAACAAGGUUCAUCAUGAUUGAGCAGAAGAAGGUCAACUAAAAUGAAUAAAAGGGAAAAUGAAUGGUGAUGAUGGACACUCGGCUGAGAAACAAUCCAUUCUUACAAGGCUUCUCGACUCUGUUAAACAGUGUCAAGUUCGUUUUGGUGGCCGGACAGAGCUAGCAGCAGAUGCAGACAGCAGAGUUUCCUGUCUGUGUGCUGCGUGGGAGGUGGCUCUUCAGCAUGGAAUGAAACAAAACAAGGCUCUUCUGGCCCUGAAGCAGGUCUCUAAUCUUCCUGGUCUAAACAAAGUGACAGACAUCAUCACAGACAUCACCAGUAAGGAAGCAGACCCAGUUUUCUGGCAGUAUGUCAAGGAGAAUUUGACCAAGCAUGAACAGGACCGGUUUUACACGCUCAAGCAUAUUAACACAGACUCAGGGCGAGGGCGAGCAUGGCUCAGGUCGGCCCUCAAUGAACACUCACUGGAGAGGAACAUGCACAUGAUUCUGGAAAAUGAAGAACUCCUCAAUCAAUUUUACGAGAGCUGGGCCUUCAUGAGAGAUCAGGAAAGGAGUAGCAUGAUGCCAAUGAUGGCCGCUGGACUGGGCUCCAUCCUGUUCGCAAUUAACGUAGAUAACCCUGACCUGAAUGCUGUGAAGAAAUCGGCCUCCAGUAAUGUCAACAUUCCAGUUUCCUCCAGACCAGUCCUGGAUAAAAUAGCUAACGAGCCCCGCCCUGUGAUAGCAGGGGAGGAAACUAGUGCUUCUCUCACAGAAAUAAAAAAGAAAGAGAAGAAGAAAAAGAAGAAGAAUGCCCACAUUGUUAGUUUUGAUGAGGACGAUUCUGGUACAUUCAGUGCAGACCCUGACCAAUCAGAGCAAAGUUCAAAGGUCAUGGUAGGGUCAUCUGAGCUAUCCCAGAAAUCAAUGGGAAAAACUAUUGAUGAGACGAGUGAACUGGUCUCGCAGAUUAGUGCAGUACGAAUUAAUGACAAUGGUAGUAGUGACUCGGGGACUCACUUGUCUGUAAAUAGGAUGCUCCAGCGAGAGGCGAGCAUAAACUCCCAGACAUCAUACGACAGACCGCCCAGUGUUCACUCCCUCAGCUCCACUGACCUUGACCUCAGUGAGCCUGCUCAGGUAUUGGUUCCUUUAUCUAAGGAGGGUCAGCCAAUCAUAUCCAGUGUUGUGAGGGGCGCGUCCAGCGACUCACUCAGUACAUCAGUGGACUCUGUGGGGAGUUUUCCCAGGUUUAAUGGCUUCGACAUUGAAUCAGCGGCACUAGCACUGGACAUGGCCCAAAAGGGAACUAACUCUAGUUUCAGGACAGCAGGAGACGGGGUCAACAUAGAUGAGGUCAUUCAGAAGGAGAGUAUGUCAAACGAAGAGUUGAAGAAGGCGGUGGUAGCCAUGAUGGUCCGCAAAGAUGAAGUGGAGGAGCAAAACAAGAAUAUACAGGCCAUGCUGCAGCAGGAGAUGGAGACGUCAUCCUUGUUGAGAGCGGAGAUGGAGGAGAUGAAGCAGACGUUCACCGCCAAACAUGAAAAAGAGCAGGCUAAAUACCAGACACUCCAAAAAGAGAAUGAGUUAUUGAAGCACCAGUUGAGGAGAUAUGUGAAUGCUGUACAGAUGUUAAGAGCUGAGGGGUCACAGGUUGAUGAGAGUUUAGGAAUUCACCUUGAGGAGCCCCAGCCCUCCAUUCCUCCCGCCAAGUCUACAGUAGACUACAGUCACGAGGCGUCAGAGUACGAAAAGAAACUUAUUCAGGUAGCAGAGAUGCACGGUGAGCUAAUGGAGUUCAAUGAGAUGCUGCACAGACAGCUCAACUCCAAGGAAGGCUUCAUCCGUCGCCUCCAGGGGGAGCUAGUGGACCUGAGGGGACCGCUCCCCCAGGACUUGCUGUAUGCAGGUGAAGAGAUGCCCCCAGAAUCUGAGCAGCACCUCCCAGUCCGUACCCUGGUCAAUGUUUGGAUCCCUGCUGCCUUCCUCCAGGGGGCGGCCUCAGACGCCCAUCAUGUCUAUCAGAUAUAUGUAAGAAUCAAAGAUGAAGAAUGGAAUGUUUACAAAAGAUUCAGCCAGUUUCAUCAAGUCCACAACCAGCUAAAAAAGAUAUAUCCCAAAAUUGGCAAAUUUGAAUUUCCUCCAAAGAAGAAUUUUGGGAAGAAGGACGCUAAGGUUGUGGAGAACCGCCGCCGUGUAUUUCAGACAUAUCUCCGCCUGGUGAUCAACCACGUCCUGGACAAUGAUAAGUCACAAGACACCACCAUCAGCAAGGAUAGCUUCAUACAGCGACUACCUUUCUUCAGUGAUAAAACUGCAGAGAAAGCAGACUCCAAGAAAGUCAAGAAAACGGCUUCAUCUUCCUCUCUGUCCACCAGUCCAGGGAACCAGUCAAGUCUGCCGCAGCCUCAGUAUGAGGGGCUAUGAUCACAUGACUUCCUGUGAUUGGUUGUUACAUACCUUACAUGUAUAUGGUUGCAGGGUAUCAAGGAUUGUUAAGCCAGGGAAUGUAAAGGCAUGAAUAUGUGUGAAGCCACAUUUGUUGUUAUUUAUUGUUUUAUUUUUUUUGUAUAAGCUAUUGAAGAAGGUUGAUGUCAAUUCAUAUUGUAUUUUUAAUCAGGAUAGAAAGAAAUGUGUAUUUCAUCUGUGAGAAAAUGUUUUAUUUGCCUCCUUUACAGUCAUUCUUUGAAAUAUUUCACUGUUUUUACCUUUUUAUGCAAUAUUUUUAUCUCGAUAAAAAUGAGAUUAAGCUUCUGUAUAGAUUACUGUAUCAAACAUUUUUGGGAACUUCUUUAUUCUUAUUCUAUUUAAAAUGUGUAAUUAUAAGUUUUACUGGUUUAUGUGAAAAGAUCCACCAUCAUUGAGGGUAAAGUUUAACUGCAUCAAUUUUGAAGAAAAUAAUGUAAAUAUUUACAGAUUCUUCAUCAGAACAACCUGUAGCUGUGUUUUAUGAUAUUUUAAAAAUACCAAAAGUAAACACAGAGGUGGUUUCUUUUUACCAGUAAAUAUCGGUAGUAAGAAACAAGAUCUCAUUCAAAGGCAUGGGACAUUGUUUACAUGCAUGUAAUUUUUAUAAGAAAUGAACUGAAGAUAUUUGAUUGAAUAGAUAUAUAUUUACAAAUUUAGAGAUAAUUACUCUGCAAGACAAACUUAUCAGACAUUUUACAAGGCAAGGCCCUGAUCAAGAGAGGGAGAGUGCAAUAUAUACCUUUGUGUAAAGAAUCACGAUCGUACAUUCUGUUGUCAAGUUUGGCAUAUAUUGUGUUAAUUUUUAGUCAAUUUCUUAGGUGACUGGGAUCAUCUACCUGCUAUGUUUUAAUUGUAAAUGUAGGAAAUUGUGAGACAUGUUGUGACUUUUACAGAAGACGGCUGUACGGUUGUACAGUAUGUCUCUCAAUCCAUGCUUUAUUUUGAAGUACAAUCUUGUGUAUGAAUGAAGCCAUUGUCAGCUUAAAUGAAUGGUUUUGUAUAUACAUGUACAUGCAUGUAAAUUUACUUUUUCUUUUACAAGUGCACAUUAAAAGGAAAAAUAAGAUAGCACACUACAUAGUUUAAUUAUUUAGUGCCAAACUUUCAGUUUUCACGAUUCUCAUGGUUUUUCCAGUGUGAACUUUACUGGUCUUGUAUUCUGUAUAUUGAUUUAAUGGCAUGGUUAUUGGUGGAAUAUAAAUGGAAUGUAAAUGUAAUUGCUAAGAAAUAAUGUUUCCAUUGUAAGAAAUUUCAAGUUGAUAUUAAAAGCCACCAGAAAAAUUAAAUCAAGUUUACAAUUACUCAUUAUGAUUUUGCAGCCAAACUCGUUGUCAUAAGAUAUAAUAAAAUGAAGUCAAAGACA